AUGGCUCAACACGUGCAACAACAUGUUUCAGCACAUCACAUAACAUCAUCCGACUCGUCUCUACCAAGCCCUUCCGAUGAACCUCUCCUCUCCAACCCUCCCGCCGAGCAUCCCGGAUUUGGCGGUAUCGUGCCCGCAUUGUCGAAGAAACUGGCCGAAGCUGAUGUCCCAAGCAGUUUACCCUUCCCAGUCUCUGCCAGACCGGAAAGUCCAGGCUUCAAUUCUGCAGACGAAUACCUUCCUGCUCUCGGUAUGAGAACGAUUGCUGGCACUGUACUGCCUGAAAGCCCCCCCGAACUCAGUGACUCUGCUCUAUUCAAGUCUCCAAAUCUCCGUCUGCCGUCCUUUGUCGAGCUUGGCAUCGCCGCACCGCAUCCUGAUCGCAAAGGUCACGUCCCACAAACCCCCUUCGCCAUUGGUGUUGGUCCGCUAUCCAAGCCCGAAGAUCCUUUGCACGAGUUAAGUCCCAUGCUGACAGCUCCCAAUAUCUUCCCUGACGGAGCACCUCUAAGCUCCCCAGAGCAUGCACAGGGGAAGCAUGCGUCCAUCACACACUUUGUCCCAACCUUCACUCCACCUUACGAUGGCACCAUCAGCUGGGACCCCGUCACCCAUGUCAAGACCGCUGCUGCUGUCUCUCCCGCGCAGACUGAUCCAGACCAGUCAAUCGCCAGAGACUGCGCGCAUGGCCCCGAAUCUGACCCCGCACCAGAGGCUGCGAACAACGCUCUCCUACAUGCAAGUCUAUACGACGACAAGGCUUGGCUGGGUGACGUAGUGAGCAGCAUAGUCGCGAACUUGACCUCAAUGUCUGACCUGCGGAGGGACAAAAUCCAGAUCUUGACCCACGCCUUACCGUGCCCCUCUGCCCAGGGACAUGUCUUCCCCCACAUCAUCCGGGCCGUCAACGACUGUGCCUCGAGAAUGCACACAGACACGGAAGCAAUGCGGACCGUGUGGAUCAGCGUAUACCACGCCGUUCCCGGCCGCUUCAACAUGGCAGACCUGCCUACCUCACCGCCGAGCACCCCCGGCCCGGCAAUCGGAGGAGAAGACUACUUCGCAACCAAGAUCCUCGACAACGCCGUCACCAUCACCGACUACCAAGGCGAACUCCAGCGCAUCCCAUCCCCACAGCCCGUCGCCACCCCCGGCUCCGUCCACGUCUCCAUCGUCGAACGCUACAUCCCGCCCACCAAGCCCACCGAAUUCGCCGAAAUGUUCAGCCUCACAGCGCGCCGAUCCCUCCUCCUCGACCGCCUCGUCGAGCUCUCCCCCGACAACGGCACCCUGCUCUUCAUCUACCCCACCGAAAACGGCGCCCGCACCUUCAUCGACGAAUACCUCAACCCCGUCAUGGAAUACGCCAUCAGAGAGCUCAUGAUGACCCAGAAGCUCCCCUCCGACAUGGCCGCCGCCCUCGGCCGCACCGAGAGCGCCUCCCGCCUCCUCGAAUUCGCCCGCGUGCGCUCAAACCUCGAGACUCUCUGCGCCCAGCUCAAUAAUCCACUUCACCCGCUCGGCCACUGGGGCAUCCUUCGGCCCGCGCGGUACACCCUCAUCGCCUCCUCCCGCCAGGAAGUCACUGUCGACCGCGCCGUCUGGGCACAGGAGUGGUGGACGAAGCAGGAGAAGACGCGCAUUCGCGAGAUCCUGGCUGGCUUGCCGGCUAAGAGCCCCAUGAGCUCCGGCGUCAUGAUGCAGCGCUUCAUCGACGAGAUUGCGCAUAGGGAGGCGAGGCUGCCGACGAAGGGCAUCGAGGUGUGUGUUUUUAUGAUUGUGAAGACGGCGUUGUGA